CAAUGCUGCAGCUCGGAGAUCAGCUUCUGGGGUUGUUCGUCCAUGCCGCGCUCUUGGUGCUGGCUCGUUCCCCUCUCAAUCAUUCCGAGGAGCUGUGCCAUGGUCUAGAUCGUAUGGCAGCUUGAUAAAGAGGUAGAAGCUUGUUUAUAUCUGGGUCAACAUCCACCAGAAAAUUCGACAACCGAUCCUGGUCUGGUGUCAGCUCAAGGCCCCUCAAUCAUGGAGCUCUAAAAUCACCUACCCCCCGACAUUUUUCCGCUGGUCGAACAGGACUGUUCAACGCCAGCAUGGACCGAGUCCAUUCUCCCACCCACCGCGCAUUCAUUGCCUUUGGGAGCAACGUCGGAGACCGCAUAGAGAUGAUCGAAGCCGCUUGCCGAGAAAUGGAGCGGGCCAGCAUCCGGGUCAAGCGGACGAGUUCUCUCUUCGAGACCGCGCCGAUGUACGUCCUGGACCAGGACCCUUUCAUGAACGGCGUGUGCGAGGUCGAGACUAGCCUCAGCCCGAUGGACCUGCUCGACACCCUCCAGGCCAUUGAGAUCGGGCUGGGUCGGAAGAAGCUCAUCGACAAGGGACCGCGCUCCAUCGACCUCGACAUCCUGCUCUACGACCAGCAGAUCUUCUCGCACGACCGUCUUAGCAUCCCGCACCAACUGAUGCUCGAACGCGACUUCACUCAUCCCUCACGAACGCCCCCCGUUCCCAAACCACACGACAACCUACAUCUCGCACCUUCAAAACCUGCCCCCUCCCACACCAACCCCCCACCCAACGACCCCGAUCCGCCCUCAUUCCCCGCCCUGCACUCCACGCACCCCAACCGCCCAACCCACAUAAUGGCGAUCCUCAACCUCACCCCGGACUCCUUCUCCGACGGAGGCACCCACAGCCCCGCCGACCUAACCACCCUAACCCACACAAUCGAGACCAUGAUCGCCUCCGGCGCAACCAUAAUCGACAUCGGCGGCGAAAGCACGCGCCCCGGCUCCACCCCCAUCAGCGAAACCGAAGAACUAUCCCGAGUAAUCCCCGUCAUCCGACACAUCCGGACCAACAUCCCAUCGGCCUCCAACAUCGCCCUCAGCAUCGACACCUACCGCGCGCGCGUCGCCGAAGAAGCCUGCCUCGCCGGCGCGGACAUCAUCAACGACGUCUCCGCCGGGCAGCUCGACCCCGAAAUGCUGCCCACGAUGGCGCGGACCGGCAAAUCCGUCAUCCUGAUGCAUAUGCGCGGCACGCCAGCCACCAUGACCAAGCUCACCGACUACCCCAACGGAGUGAUCCGCGACGUCGGGGCGGAACUAUGCGCCCGCGUCGCCGCCGCAGAAGCAGCCGGCAUCAAGCGCUGGCGGAUCAUCCUAGACCCCGGACUGGGGUUCGCGAAGAAUGAGCCCCAUGAUCUCGCCAUCCUGCGGGAUUUGAAUACCCUGAGGACCGGGGUCCAGGGGCUCGAGUAUUUCCCGUGGCUGAUGGGGCCGAGUCGGAAGCGGUUUGUGGGGAGGUUGACCGGCGUGCAGAAGGCCAGUGAGCGCACCUGGGGUACGGCCGCGACGGUCACAGCUAGUGUUGCCGGUGGUGCGGAUAUCGUGCGCGUGCAUGAUGUGAAGGAGAUGUGGCAGGUGGGUCGGGUCGCGGAUGCGAUUUACAGGGGCAUUUCGUGAUGAUGACUUGCUUUGUAUUUGUUGUUUGCAUGGUGUGGUUUUUUAUGUAUAUGUUUGGGGGAUGGAUAUUCAACUAUGGAGAUGACGAUGGAAAAGAGGAUGAUGGAAGAGUAGCGGGUGUGGAGAGGUUCAACCCUGUUGGUGGUUGGUUGCAUUUUGAGCGAUUAUAACCUGAGGAUAUAAAAUGUGAAUUUUUCGCGAUGGUGAUAGAACAGGAUACGGGAACUGUCUACUAGUGCUGGGGUUGAUCUAAUAAUGAAAACGUCCCAGGACCGUCUUAUCCGAAGCGACAAUUCAUUG